CCCAGAAAUCGAACAGAUAAAUUAUCCUUCCUAUAAUUGCAUCGACAAAUUCAUUCAUCGGCGGCGGGGAGAGGGGGUGGUUGAAGAGGUCGGCAGCGAUUAGGAGAGGAUUUUGAGUAGGAGAAUACAGGGGAAGAAUGGCGCCGGGCAAGAGAACUAGCGGGAAGAGGGAAGAGCAAAGCUCGAUUGAACGUCGAUCGGUCUCCGGCACCCUCGAUUCUUCAUACCAGUCGACGACCUUGGAGCAUGUCCGAAGCGGCGUUUCGACUUCCCUGGCAGCGGUUCCAAUC